UGGUUUUGUUGUUCGAGUGACUUUCGAGCCAAGCUUGAUGCGUAUCAUCAUCGCUUCGUGCGUCUCUCUCUCUCUGCUCCCUCCAAAAGUUAUCCAACCAGACAGCACAACUUCAACCCCACUUCAAUCUCACUUUCCCGUCGGCUAUAACCCGCUCCGACCUCAGCCACUUGUUCAGUCCGAGCCUCGAGUGGAGCCAGUCAACACCGAAAAAGUUCUCUCUCCGAACAAAAAGCGAGUCUCAAGUUGAACACGAAUGUGAAACUUGGAAAGUUAACUCAAUGCGCUACCUAACAAAUAAAUAUCUUCGUAUCUAUUUUAAUUUUGAGAACAAUAUUUCACAAUUUUUUGCCCUAAUGGCAAUUCCGUUUUACACACACGGCGAUGAGGAAGAAGACGAAAGUGAGCUUGUUGAAAAGACUUCAGGUGAAAGUGAAUUUAGUUUUUUGAGACGUUUCUUACUUGACUUGGUGAAGAGUUACUGUCGCUACAAGAUGUGCAAUUCUGGUGGAAGUACUACGAGGAAGGAAAGUGAAAGGAGAACUUCAGGUCGGAGCAGGAGUAGAAAUAGAGGUAAAUCAUUGCCUCAAAAUUCAACCUCCCAAUCAACUCGCCAAUCCCCUCCGGACCUGGUGUGUUGUCAUGUCCAGGCAAUUAACGGAGAACGAGAGCUUAACAACCAACCCAGUCAACAAAGAGAUCAAGAAACUACUGACGAGCUUAACAACAAUACCAACUCCCAGUUAGUACCAAGACGACGACGACAAGAAAGUCAACUCCCAAGUACCCCAGACAUCGAAACUGACACAUCCGACCGUUCCAUGAUAGAAAUUCAAGUUAAUGCUGAAUACACUUACCGUAUGAUUGGAGAAGGCUUGAGAAAAAUUGCUGACCAAUUUGAGAUUGACAGAUCUAAGAACUCACCGCAUCGCCGAACUAGACAUCCAGCCGGAAACCAUCGACCAACCAUUAUCCCGACUCUUCAAAUUGACAUAAAAUUCAGAUUUGCCCUCAAAAUCACAAUUCCUUUGACACUCGUGGGACUCAGCUUGGCCUUUAUUAAAAGAAACUGUACAUGAUGGACCGAAUUUCACUGCAAUAUCGACUGAUUUAAUUCACUGUUCAUUGUUCUUAUGUAGUAAAUACUUAUGUGAUUUCGAUUUGCCUAGUAGUUUCACUUUAUUUGUGCCAUUAUGUUAAGCUCAAUUAUUAAAGUCAUGCAGAAUAUUUCGCACAUUUAACGAUAUUGGUUUAUCAAUUUCAUCUCAAAUUUUUAGUUUGACAUAAAUAAUUUUAUGGUGGAUUAGUGAUUAAAUAAUCCAGUCUUUUUAGUUAGAUAAAGAAUAGAACUUUGUUAAAGCAGAAGAGUAACUUAUUUCUGAAGAUGCGUCGGUCAUAAAAAUAGCAAUAUUUUUUAGCAAUCAAUAACUCUUGUAAACUUUGUACAUCUUGGAAUAAUUCUAGAUAUA